AUGGCGAGGCGGGCGGCAGGCGGCGGCGGCCCCCCCCCCGGGGACGAUUUCUCCUUCGUGAGCCCGGUGGUGAAGUACGUGCUCUUCUUCUUCAACAUGCUCUUCUGGAUGAUCUCGAUGGUGAUGGUGGCGGUGGGGGUCUACGCCCGGCUGCUGAAGCACGCAGAGGCGGCGCUGGCCUGCCUGGCGGUGGACCCCGCCAUCCUGCUCGUGGUGGUCGGCGUCCUCACCUUCCUCAUCACCUUCUGCGGCUGCGUCGGCUCCUUGCGGGAGAACAUCUGCCUGCUGCAGGCGUUCUCCGUCUGCCUGACCAUCGUCUUCCUCCUGCAGCUGGCGGCCGGCGUGCUGGGCUUCGUCUUCUCCGAUAAGGCGCGCGGGAAGGUCAGCGAGAUCAUCAACGGUGCCAUCGUGCAUUACCGGGAUGACCUGGACCUGCAGAACCUCAUCGACUUCGGGCAGAAGGAGUUCAGCUGCUGCGGGGGCGUCUCCUACAAGGACUGGUCCCAGAACAUGUACUUCAACUGCACGGCCGCCAACCCCAGCCGGGAGCGCUGCUCCGUGCCUUUCUCCUGCUGCCUGCGGGACGCAGACCAGGCUGUCAUCAACACCAUGUGCGGGCAGGGCAUGCAGGCCAUGAGCUACCUGGAGGCCAGCGCCUUCAUCUAUACCAACGGCUGCAUCGACAAGCUGGUCAACUGGAUCCACAGCAACCUCUUCCUGCUGGGGGGCAUCGCCCUGGGGCUGGCCGUCCCCCAGCUGGUGGGCAUCCUGCUGGCUCAGAUCCUCAUCAACCAGAUCAGAGACCAGAUCAAGCUGCAGCUCUACAACCAGCAGCACCGGGCGGACCCCUGGUACUGAGCCCCGGCACAUCGCGGCAGUGCUGGCGUCCAUCCCCGCAGCGCAGCAGAGGCUCAGGGAGCCGGGACUUCAGCAGUGACUUUCCAAACCCCGCAUCUGUAGGAAGAGCUGAAGGGGCUUUGUCGGAGAAGAGGGAGGUUGGACCAGGCGGCGGAUGCCAGGGUCCGUGCACGAUGGCUGCUGUGCUGCGGAGAG